AUGUCUUCCUUCAAGAGCAAAUACCAAGAGGAACUCAUUGCCAAUGCUGCUUACAUUGGCACCCCCGGGAAGGGUAUCCUUGCUGCUGAUGAGUCAACUGGUACAAUUGGUAAGCGUUUGGCCAGCAUUAGUGUUGAGAAUGUUGAGACAAACAGGCGUGCUCUUCGGGAACUCCUGUUCACCACGCCUGGUGCUUUUGAGUGUCUCAGUGGUGUGAUAUUGUUUGAGGAAACCCUGUACCAAAAGACAGCUUCAGGAAAACCCUUUGCAGAGUUGUUGAAGGAAGGCGGGGUUCUUCCUGGUAUUAAGGUUGACAAGGGAACUGUGGAGAUUGCUGGAACAAAUGGUGAAACUACCACCCAAGGGUUGGAUGGCCUCGGUCAGCGUUGCCAGAAGUACUACGAAGCUGGUGCCCGUUUUGCCAAAUGGCGUGCUGUGCUCAAGAUCGGUCCUAACGAACCAUCUGAGUUGGCUAUCCAUGAAAAUGCCUAUGGUCUUGCUCGUUAUGCAGUCAUAUGCCAGGAGAAUGGCCUGGUACCUAUUGUGGAGCCAGAGAUCCUGGUGGAUGGACCUCAUGACAUCAACAAAUGUGCCGCUGUGACUGAGCGUGUUCUGGCUGCAUGCUACAAGGCGCUAAAUGAUCACCAUGUUCUGCUUGAAGGAACUUUGUUGAAGCCCAACAUGGUGACUCCUGGUUCUGAGUCUCCAAAGGUCACCCCAGAGGUGAUAGCUCAAUACACUAUUAGGGCGUUGCAGCGAACCGUUCCUGCUGCAGUUCCUGCCAUUGUGUUCUUGUCUGGUGGGCAGAGUGAGGAGGAGGCAACCCUUAACCUCAAUGCCAUGAACAAGCUCCAGGUAAAGAAGCCAUGGUCUCUUUCUUUCUCUUUCGGAAGGGCACUUCAGCAGAGCACUCUCAAGGCAUGGAGUGGGAAAGAUGAAAACGUUAAGAAGGCUCAGGAUGCUUUCAUUGCCAGAUGCAAGGCAAACUCACAAGCAACCUUGGGAACUUACAAAGGUGAUGCUACCCUUUCUGAGGGUGCUUCUGAGUCUCUCCAUGUGAAGGACUACAAAUACUAG